UAAGUAUGGACACCGGAGUCUAAGAAGUUACUUUAAGUGAGCCUAAGCUUUUGCGAAACGCGUGGGAGCUAAUCUGUAACAUCGUCUCAAGUUUAUAAAAACAACUUAUCAAAAUUAAGGAAACAAUUUUUGAAGGCCAGCUUGAGGAAAAGCUUUUUGGAAAAACCAGUUGUCAAAUGCAAGUUAACGGACGUGGCGGAUGAAAUCGACUGAGGAUAUUAUAUUUAAAAACACGUUUGUAUAAGCGACAAGCUGAAACUGAGGAUUCAGAAAAAAAAUUCAGAAGGCAAUAUUACUUUGUUUCUUGAGACCAACAAAUUAUCAACGGCGAGACAAUACAAAAACAAUACAUUGUUUACAGUAGUGUCAACACUGGGCAAAUCUGUACAAAGCAAAGCAAAGCAGGAGAUCAUUGGAUAAAAGAAUUCCCGAAAGCAACAAGAACCAUACUAAAAAAAGAAAAUGACAAGGACGAAAUUAUCAACGCUUUAUGCGACUUUAAUAUUACAGCUAUGUAUCUUUGUCUACUCACAAAUUACAGAGCCAGGUUUGCUGGUGGUGACAGAGGACCCCCCAGGGAGCGGUAACAUACAGGGGGAAGUCACUGGGUUACCGGCGGGGUAUGGCUGGAUACUUACCUUGAAAUUCGCACAGGCGGUCGAGAGCUUUCAGAGCCCCACCCACAUAAAGAUAGAUGAGUCGGUGUACGUGAUAUACGAGGACUCCGCCAGCAGCAGUGAAAGGGCGGAAUUCACGGCUAUGUUAAGUGGACCGCUCCAAGACAAGCCCGUCUCCUGGUUAGUUGGACAAGGAGCCGGAGGUGUAUUCCAAGUAUUCGGGUGUGGAGAGCAGGGGUUCUUACUACAAUGCCCCGCGGAAACGGAAGUUAUCAUCACCAUGGGAACAGAGGGAAUAGCUAACUCUUCCACGACAACACAUCCAAAUGACGGGAGAUGUUAUCACGUAGAUGGUGAUUGCAAUCAGGCUAUCAAGGACGUUGUCGUGGAAACCUACAGCCCCACUCAAGUAUACGUUGGUUUCAAGCCUAGUGAAAUGACGUGUCAAGGACGGCAGAAGACCAGCGACUACGUCCACGUCACUUACGUCUGCACACCCCCUGCGUCCACUACUGCGAACCCCGAAAGUUCUGCAACGACGCCAAGCGGUACUGUCGCUCUUCCAACUACUACCGCUCCGCCCUCGUCAGGUGGAUCGGCGUCUCAACCAGUUGGGUGGAUAAGAGAGCCAGGUUUGCUAGCGGUUACGGAGGACCCCCCAGGGAGCGGAAAUAUUCAUGGAGAAGUCACAGGGCUACCGGCGGGAGAGGGGUGGAUAUUGACCUUAAAUUUCACACAGGAAGUGGACACCUUCCAGAGCCCCACGGGUGUCCGGCUGAACAACGUGACCGUAGCCCUGUACGAGAACCCCGUGUCCAGCAGUGACCGGGCAGCCUUCAACGCCACUUUGGCCGCCCCACUAAAGGGACACGGGGCCAAACUGACCAGCCAGGGAGCGGCAGGCCUUUUUCAAUCGUUCGGCUGCGGGGACCAAGAAUUACUUCUUUCCUGUCCCACGGGCACGGAAGUCUUUAUCACCAUGGGAACGGAAGGUAAAGCCGACUCUUCGGUGUCAACUCACCCAAAUGCAGGAAGGUGCUACUACGCCAAUGGGGACUGCAAUCAAGCUAUUAAGAAUGUUGCUGUGGAAACGAUCACCUUAAACCAACAGCUUGUCACUUUCAAGCCUAGCGAGAUGACUUGUGGUGACGAGCAGGUGAUAAGUGAUUACGUUCAUAUUUCCUACAUCUGCGUGGAGUCGUCUGCUACCACAAGUAACCCGGAUGUAACAGGGGGUGAAACAGCAACAAGCACAGCCGCUCCUACGUUGCCUACCACUGAAAGUACGCCUACUACGAUGCCUACGACUGCUGUUCAUCUUACUACGUUGCCUCCCCCCGUUCCAACAGCAGCAUUGGAUCCCGCUGAUGGCCCUGGUUUGCUGGUGGUAACGGAGAAUCCUCCAGGAAGCGGGAACAUCCAAGGUACUGUCAGUGGACUGCCGCCGAGUGAAGGCUGGAGCGUUACACUUAAGUUUUCUGAAGCACCAAAGGAUUUCCAGAGCCCUGCCUACACAAACUCGGACGACAGCACGUACAUCCUCCGCGAGAACCCGUCCACUCCCAGCGGUCAAGUGAGUUUUACGGCCACAGUGGACAGUCCAGUGGAUGACCAAGUGGUGCGAAUGGUCAGCCAGUCGGCCGGGGGCGAAUUUCAAGUUUUCGGUUGUCAAGAAAAUUACCUUCUUCAAUGUCCGACGGGAACACAGGUAGUCGUAACUAAGGGAAUUGAGGGGAAACCCACGUCAACCUCGUCACCUCACCCAAAUGACGGGAGAUGUUACCAUGUCAGGGGCGACUGUCAACAACCGAUGCAGAACGUAUUCAUGAUGGACCUCACCCCAGAUCAGAAGUACGUUCGUUUCCAAGACAGCAGACUCACCUGUAAUGGGCAGACAACUAGAAGUGAAUACGUCCACAUCACUUACCGCUGUGAGGUACCGACCUCCCCUGCCCCCUCAACGACCACUCCUGUAGCCAUGACGACGACGACGACAGCGCCAUCUACGUCAACAGAGCCUCCAGUGACUACAAUACCAACAUCAAGUCCCAGUUAUUCAGAUUCAGUAACGUCAACAAGAACUGUUUCGACCACCCAAUCCACAACGUCAACCAGCCUACCAGCCACUACACAGAGUCAGACAUCUACCACAUUGCAACCUGUCACAACUAGCACAAUGAGGAACAACCAGGCGCAGUCGACAUUAGGGUUGUCGACUCUUGGAUCAAAUUUGCCUGGGACAACGGUUGAGACAAAGUUGCCUGGGACAACGGUUGAAACCAAGUUGCCUGGGACAACCGUUGGGACAAAGUUGCCAAGGACAACAGACUCUGAUGACUUGGGAGUGGUAAUACAAACAGAACCGGUUAAAAUAACGACCGGCUCUGUCGGUGUUUUCGAACGCUCAACCGCAGGCGUUGAAGAAGUCGCAACAUCUACAGCUGGUGGUGUCUUUACCACACAAGCCAAAAACCUGUUGGCGACCCAAGACGAUGUAGCAGCAAGUGCUACAACCCCAGCCAAUGUGAAUAGUAAUGUUGAGAACCAGAGGCAGGAGCAAACAGCACGAAAUGGUGGACUAAGUGGACACCAAAUAGCUAUAAUAGGAGGCGGUGCGGGUGGAAUUCUUCUCCUCAUCAUCCUAAUUAUACUUGUAGCUGUGCUAAUACGAAAGAAUCAGACGGUAAGAUCCAGGAGGAGCCAGUUCCAAGGUCCAGGUGGGGUCAGUUGUAUGGCAGUAUCCGUGCGAAACCAAGAUAGCUUCAUCCAAAGAACAAUGGCGUUACCGGUUCCUGUUGAAAAUAAAGCAUAA